AAUGCAACAUCUUUUCCAAGCAUUCUUGCUGGCUGCCUUUGCACUCAGUGGAAACCAAACCUCACUGGAAACCAAGGCUUAAAUACUAUCUGGCACAUCCAAUCGCAGGACUAUGGAGAGGGAGGGAGGGAGAGAGAGAGAGAGACAAAGACUGAGUGAAACAGAUUUUAACACUUAGUUGGCACGGGUCUUGUGUAGUUGGCACCAGUGUUUCUGUGAAGGGGAAGGAGUUUGGAGCAAGAGCCUGGGAGAGAAACAGCGUGAGCUGAGCUCAGACGCUGGGAGGACAGAGAUUAGCCUUCAGGCACAGAACUUCUCUUUUUCAUUCUGCAGCUUUAAGCUAUUUAUUUAGGUUGGUUGGUUAGUAGUGGUUGGCUAGAGAAUAGUUAUUUGUAGAGCAUUCAUCAGGUGUGUCCAAAGUCUGAGAAAUGUUCUAGGUUAGCAUCAUUUAUAUCUCGAGAGAAGAAAAGAAGGCAAACCAGACGAAGGGGGCACACACACAAGGCCUUUUUAUGGUGCAAGGCUGCAGGAUUCUUCCAAACCUUAACAUCGCUUUAUGAUGGCAGAUUGUCUGAUAGAAGAUUCCGAUUACUAUCCUGGAAAAGAUGACCUGGACUGGGGAUACGAGGAGGGUGUGGAGUGGGGGCUGCUGUUCCCCGAGGCCAACGGUGAGUACCAGUCCCCUAUAAAUCUCAACUCGCGCGAGGCACGCUAUGAGCCCCGGCUGCUGGAGGUGGGCCUCACACCAAACUAUGUGGUGUGCCGAGACUGUGAGGUCAUCAAUGAUGGACACACCUCCAGGAUAAUGCUGAAAUCCAAAUCAGUGGUGACAGGGGGGCCUCUUCCAAGUGACCAUGAGUACGAGCUGCACGAGGUGCGGUUCCACUGGGGCAAAGAGAAUCAGCGAGGCUCAGAGCACACCGUCAACUUCAAGGCCUUUCCUAUGGAGCUGCAUCUCAUCCACUGGAAUUCAACACUCUUCAACAGUGUAGAGGAGGCUCUUGGGAAGAAGAAUGGUGUUCUCAUCAUUGCUCUCUUCGUGCAGAUAGGGAAAGAACAUGUCGGACUGAAGGCCAUCACUGAGGUGCUCCAGGAUCUGCAGUAUAAGGGGAAGACAAAGAUAAUACCAUGUUUUAAUCCAAACACAUUGCUCCCAGAUCCCUUGCUAAGAGAUUACUGGGUCUAUGAGGGAUCCUUGACCACACCUCCUUGCAGUGAGAAUGUCACCUGGGUCCUAUAUCGAUACCCACUCACAGUCUCCCAGAUUCAGAUAGAGGAGUUUCGGAGACUCCGGUCACAUGUCAAAGGAGCGGAGUUGCCCGAGGGGAAUGACGGCAUGUUGGGAGACAACUUCCGGCCCACCCAACCCCUCAGUGACAGGGUAGUCAGGGCGGCCUUCCAGUAGAGGCUCCGCCUCUGGGACCCAACGUGUCAUAUCCUGGUGAGGAGCUAGGUGAGAGAGUCAGAGCCAUCUUAUCUGACAUUAACAUGGAGAAGCACCACGGAAGCUUCCAGAGGACCUGUACAGUCACUGACGUCACCACUGAAGAGCUGGCCCUUGCUGCGUAGAGAUUCGCUUAUGAACUGAGAUGCUCAAAGCUCAGUGACGGGUUCAUAUUUCAGACAGCUCAAUGUAUGGUUUUGAAGAAUUAUUACACAGUCUGUAGCUGAAUGUAAAUCACAAAUAAUGUGAAGAGCUCAUGUGAAAUAAGAAUAUAUAUAGGACACGCAUUGAAUAUAAGAACAACAGAUAUGUUUUAGACAACAAACCUCCAUUAGACAGUCACGAGAAAAAUCCACCCUUUUCCACAGUCCUUGUAUGAAGAUAGGGUUUUUAAG